AUCUCUCUAAUUCACCAUUAUUGCAACAACCAAAGCAUUUUCGAAUCUACAAAAGUCUUUCAUAUUAUUAUCAGACAUUCAAAAUGGCUCGUACCAAGCAAACUGCUCGCAAAUCCACUGGUGGAAAGGCUCCAAGGAAGCAGCUAGCUACCAAGGCCGCUAGAAAGUCGGCUCCGGCGACCGGAGGAGUGAAGAAGCCUCACCGUUUCCGUCCAGGAACAGUUGCUCUCAGGGAAAUCAGGAAGUACCAGAAGUCCACUGAGUUGUUGAUAAGGAAGCUGCCGUUUCAGAGGCUGGUGAGGGAAAUAGCACAGGAUUUCAAGACAGAUCUGAGGUUCCAGAGCAGUGCUGUUGCUGCUCUUCAAGAGGCUGCUGAGGCUUACCUUGUUGGUCUCUUUGAAGACACCAAUCUCUGUGCCAUUCACGCGAAGAGGGUCACCAUAAUGCCAAAGGACAUUCAGCUGGCCAGGAGGAUUCGUGGUGAAAGGGCUUAGGAAUAUGCUUCGUUGUGCUUGUGGUUAUGGUUAAUUUUGUGUUCUGAUUUAGAGCGUUUUUAUGUUAGGGUUAGUGAUGUAAAUCAAACGACUCGUUUCAGUCAAACUAUAUGUAAAACCUCUGGUUUACUAGUAUUUUAAGAUCUGAUUAGUGAAAUCUAUUGUUCAUUUUGUUUCAAUCAAAGGUGCUUUCAUAUAUGGGUUUGAAAUUUGCAGACGUUCAAAAA